CGUCGCCGUCGCCGGUUCGGUUCAUCAUGGCGGCGCGCGGAUCGGCGUGUGUCCUGCUGCGGGCGGCGGUGGAUGCGGGACUGAAACGGCACUCCCGUGGUCUCCGGUCCACCGCUGUCCUGAGUCGGCGGGCGGCGCCUCUGGGUCCGAUGCCCAAUGAGGACAUUAAAAGCACUCAGCUGGACUCUCUGGAGAAAUAUCGCAGCUACACUCGAUACAUACGAGCAGCUGAAGAGGCUGACCAAAAAGAUGUUUGGUGGAAAACCUACAGAAAACACACACAGGACCAGACCAAACAAGCCAUUGCGCCAGUGGACAUCGGGCUCCCGUAUCACCGCCCAUCCAGAAAGAUGGAGGUGAAGGAGAGGAUGAAGGUGAUUCAGGAGAACAAGAAGAAUCCUGAGCUGGAAAGAGAAAAUCGACUACAAACAUUCCGCGUGUCUCUGGACGGAGUAAAGUCUGAGUGGGAGAAAACAAACGGACCGCAUCAGAUCCGCAGACUAGCUGAACACUACGGCAUCUAUAAAGAUCUGUUCCCCAUGGCGUAUUUCACACCGCGGGUCAUGCUGCGCAUAGGGUAUGGAGACGACAGCAGUGCAUCAGUGCAUUAUGGGAAUCAUCUAACGCCGAGUCAGGCAGAACAAGCUCCUCAUGUUCAUUAUGAAGCUGAAGAAGAUUCUCUGUGGACGCUGUUGUUAACCAGCCCAGAUGAGCAUCUGCUAGAUGGAGAGCAGGAAUAUCUUCACUGGCUCGUUGGGAAUAUCCCUGGACGUGCUGUGGCAUCCGGAGAUCAGAUCUGCCCAUACUUAAGUCCGUUCCCCGCCAAAGGAACAGGCCUGCACCGAUUCAUCUUCAUUCUGUUCAAACAGGACGCACUGGUGGAUUUUGGCUCUGAUGUCAGACCCGUCCCAUGCGACAGUCUGAAGCAGCGGAGUUUCCAAACGCUGGAUUUCUACAGGAAGCACCAGGAUCUGAUUACGCCUGCUGGUCUGGCUUUUUUCCAGUGUCAGUGGGAUCAGUCCGUCACGCAAACCUUUCACAACAUCCUAAAAAUGAGAGAGCCGGUGUUUGAGUACCAGAGACCUCCGGUUUAUCACCCUCCACAGAGGAAAUACCCUCACGGACAGCCCCUCAGAUACUUGGACCGAUACCGAGACGGAGCGCAGCAAACAUACGGCAUUUACUAAACUCUUCUGCAUCAUGUUCACUGUGUGCUCAAACUGAUGGCUGUCUUUUUGUUUUGAUUUAUGUUUGUAAUAAAGUUAAUGUGAUAUUGA